UCAUCGCGUCGCGGCGAAGUGCGGCCUAGUCGGUGACGCGUUGACGCCUUUGCCGUUGCGGGCCGAUUUGCGGGGACGAUCCGUCGCUGAGCUGUUGGCGUGUAACGUGGUGGAGGCGAAAAUGUUCCGUAGGAAACUGUCUGCUCUCGAGUAUCACAACAGCAGCGUGUUUGACUGUAAAGAUGAGACGGAAUUUAGAAAUUUAAUUGUGUGGCUCGAAGACCAGAAAAUACGACAUUAUAAAAUUGAAGAGAGAGGCAACCUGAGAAAUGUACACAGCAAUGAAUGGCCAAAACACUUUGAAAAGUAUCUGGCAGAUGUAAACUGCCCAUUCAAGGCUCAAGAAAGACAAGAAAACGUCGACUGGCUUCUGGGCUUGGCUGUGAGACUUGAAUACUCAGAUAAUGUGGAUAAAUACAAGAAUUGUACAGCAGAAAGUGUAAGAAAUGAUGCUACAAAAGGCACAGAUCCACUUAUUAAUCUUGAUGUUAACAACCCUGACUUUAAGGCUGGUGUGAUGGCAUUAGCUAAUCUUUUACAAAUCCAGCGCCAUGAUGACUACCUCGUAAUGUUGAAGGCCAUUCGCAUUUUGGUACAAGAACGGUUAAGCCCGGAGGCCAUUGCAAAAGCAAACCGAUCAAAGGAGGGCUUAACUGUAUCUCUAGAAAAACAUCUACUUGGUUUUGAUACUGGAGAUGCCACCUUGAAUGAGGCUGCAAGAGUCCUCCGGUUGCUGCAUAUAGAGGAACUACGAGAUCUUCAGACCAAGAUUAAUGAAGCUAUUGUAGCCGUUCAGUCAAUUAUAGCUGAUCCUAAAACUGAUCACAGGCUGGGAAAGGUUGGAAGAUGAUUAAAAGGUGGAAAUAGUUGGAACUUUGCACUGUUUGUAUUUUGAAACUCAGAAAUUGACAAAAGGAAAUAACUUUUGACCCCACAAGAUUAAAUAGUCUUAUUGGCAAACUGUUCACGGAAGUGGAAUAAAUGCUAAAACGUGAGAAAUUACAA